UUAUACUUAUUUGGGAUCUCCUCACCACUCCAACCCCCAGAAUUUCGGCUGCCAAUUAAUAAACUGCCGUGCCUCCCUCCGAUGGCGGACGGAGGAGGAGGAGGAGGAGGAGGAGGAGAUGAGCCUGAGGAGCUCAGCGACAAGCAGAAGGCAGAGAUCGCCAAAUGGUUCCUCGCCAAUGCCCCCGCCGGGGAGAUCCAAUACGUCGCCAAGGACGUGCGAUCCAUUCUCGGGGACGACAAAAUCUACGAGAUGGCCGCGGCGGAGGCCUUCCCCCUCCACAACAAGGCGCACUUGCUCGCCCUCGAGAUGCCUGAUCGAAGCGGUGACGUACUUAUUACAACAUAUGGAGAACUUGACAAAAUCAAUUAUUUUGAUCCCAGGACUGCUCAAGUUGCUACAGUGGAUCAUGUGAAACAAGUUUGUACAAAUGUACGACCCGCCAAUGAUGAUGAGCUCCCAUCUCCAUAUAUUGAAGAUUUCCGGAGUACCCUUGAUGCUGAACUCAGCAAAUAUGUUGGUGAAACUUAUCCAAAGGGAGUGUGUGCAGUUUACUGUGUUAGUGGAAAAGAUGCAGAAGGACCAGGAGCUGAUUUUGAGUUUGUAGUGGUGAUUUCUGCUGUGAAGCAUAGCCCACAAAAUUUCUGCAAUGGGAUCUGGCAGUCAAUUUGGAAUAUAGAAUUCAAGGAUGAUCUGCAAUUUGUGGAAAUAAAAGGAAAGAUACAGGUAGGAGCCCAUUACUUUGAAGAAGGAAAUGUCCAGUUGGAUGCUAAACUUGAAUGCAAGGACUCCACCAUCUUCCAGUCUCCUGAAGAUAGUGCUGUCUCAAUAACCAACAUUGUUCGGCACCAUGAGACUGAAUAUCUGGCAUCCCUUGAGGCAUCAUAUGUGAAUUUACCUGACACCACUUUCAAGGAUCUUAGAAGGAAACUUCCAGUUACUCGUACGUUAUUCCCAUGGCAGAAUACUAUGCAAUUCAGCCUUACUAGAGAUAUAACAAAAGAAAUGGGGAUUGGAAAGUGAAGGUGCACACAGUGAUGAGAUGGCAAUCUUUUAUUUCCAUUCAAACUCCAGAGUUCAUUAUAUUGAAGUUCUGAUUUUUUUUUCUUAUUUUAUUUCUCCAGAUACAAUAGUUGUAAAGAGAGACUUGCUUUUGUCACAGCUUGGCAUAUGUCCAUCCAUGUUUCACAAAUAUGUACAACUUUCUGUAUUCUCCAUGUACUCCUUCACUUGUAUAUUGCACAAUGUUUGGAAAGAAAUCAUGUCUUCUGCAA